GCGCUAUGCACUCUUGCUGCACUCUCUCAUUAAUUUUUCUUUUCUUUCUAAAUUAUUUAUUUAUUUAAAACUGUUGUUUGUUUGUGGAGGUUGGGGAUUACGUGGUCCAAGUUUUGACAAAUCUUCACACAAUGGAUUUGUAGAGUGACAUUCCUAGCCCUGGAUUUUGUUCCUCUUGGCUGAAAUGAUUUCAACAGAAGAUGAGCCCGAACUCUAGAGGGGGCACUUGCAGUAACCAUAGGCGAUCAAUAAAGCGUCGUGAGUGCAGACUGAAAAACCAAGGUUUAAUCAUCAGGGGUUGACAUGAUUCUCCAAAAAGAUGCAAGAAGGUGAUCUGAAGCAAUCUCAGCAUGGGAUCAGGUUCAUCAUCCGACUCCAAAAAGAAAUCUUCCCCAAAACGACCAUCUGAUCAGAAGAAAAAACACAAUCUUCCGGACAAAGUCUUGGAGCUUCUGAGGAGAAGUUUGAUGUCCCUGCCAUUCCCAGUGGGUUUGAUCGAUGAACAGAUUCUCAAUAUUGCUGCACAGAAUGUUGAACGCAUUGAACUGGUUGAACCCGAGGUGAUACUCACUAAAGGUGAAGUAGCAAAGGGGAUAUACAUCCUAAUUGAUGGAGAAGCUCAGGUCGUGUCUUCAUCUGGUAGUAUCAUCGCAAAUCUCUCCGAUGGAGAACUGUUUGGGGAGCUGUCAACACUUUAUGAUCUUCCCUGCACAGCAACGGUCAAGACGACUCAAAAAGUCAUAAUGCUGGUAUUAAAAAAAGACGCCCUGAAGAUGGCUUUAAAGGAUAGGAUGGUUCCCACUAGCCUCAUGGAUUACUAUGUUAAAAAGAGAUACCUGGAUACCAGUGGUGCUGUCAGCCAAUCAGAACUCAUGCAACGAAUUGCCGAAGCAGUACUGAAAGAGGUGCCCUUAUUCAAGCAUUGGGAAGAUGCUGCAGUGCAGUCAUUAAUCAAGUCUAUACAGCAAGACGGUCCGAUCGUGACGUUAGCGCCAUCCGACUCUGUUAUUGCAAUGGCUGGGGAUCCUGUUGACGAGAUUGUCAUUAUAAUCAAGGGCAGGGUUGAAGUGUUCCAAGAGAAGGAGUUGUUAUCCACAUUAGACAGCACAAAAUGGCCAGUGUGGCAUGGAGAGGAAGGUCUUUUCACCGGACGUCAAAGUUCAGCGUCUGUGAAGACAUUGUCAGCAUGCCAGCUUGUCAUCAUCAAGAAUGCAAAUGUCGUUGAGACGGUGAAAAGGUACAAACAGGAAACUACUGCAGAUUUCACAAAAACGAUGGAGAAAUGGAAGCAGAGAGCUGCUAGAUCUGACCCUGCAGUAGAAGCUCAUUAUCCAGUUGAGGUAUUAAUACAGAAGCUGUUGAAGACUAGGUUCCUUUCAGACGUUCCUCUUGAUGGGCUGUACUCAAUUGCAAUCAACUCUAAGACCAUUGCACACCAAGUUGGCAGUACUGUCAUUGGGGAUGGUGCUUCACAACUUAAGAGUAAAAUGAUGAGAUCUGAAGGAAGAAAGCCCACUGAUCCACCCAGUGCAAUAACCCCCGAUGUACCGCCCGAUACUGCAAUCCAAGCUCUUGAUAUUCCUCAAGUUUUCUGGGCUGAUGAUGUACUAAUACUGAUGUUAAAAGGUGAAGCAAUACUUAAUGGAAAUGAAGAAUGGACAUGUGAAGAAGGAGAUGUAUUAUGGGUUCCACAGAAAGUGCGUCCAAACUCCAAACUAGAGGCCAAGCAGAACUCUGUCAUUCUGCAAUUCAAAGGGUCAGCGUUAGAUGAAGCUUGUAGGGAUCUGCAUGGGGUUACACUGGCGGUUCCAUCCACAGUGAGGUAGAACAACAAAAGAGAACC